AAAGAGGAGUGGAAACCCCCAAGCUUUGCGCUCCCAACAAUAUCACCACAUUUUCGCCUUUCGCGUUGCUCCAUUUCCACUGCAAGAGCUCGUAUAUUCAACAAACCGCUUUCUCUCUACUUUCAACCAAACCGGGAAGUGUAGCUUCUAUUUUCUUUUUGAACCGCCCGGUUCGUCGUGAACCGAAUACCAUGGCGUCUCUGCUACCUUGCGCGCCGAAUAUAGUCUCUGCUCCGUUCGCGAACCGGAGCGGCUUGAGCCGCUUCCCGCGCCGACCUCACUCCCACUCUUUCUCCGGUUCGACCAGACACUUUCUCCGCGGGUCGCUUUCCGUCGUCCGGUUCGGCUUCAAACCCGGGUUUUUGCCUGAACCGGAUGACGCCGAAGGCCUCCUCAGGGAACUGUUUGGCCGAGCGGAGGGACUUCUCUACACGAUUGCCGAUGCCGCUGUUUCUUCCUCCGACGCGGUUGCACCAACCGCCGCCGCCGCCAAACAGAGCAACGAUUGGCUUUCCGGAAUUACGAAUUACAUGGAGACGGUUCUCAAGGUACUCAAGGAUGGGCUUUCAACUUUGCAUGUCCCAUAUGCCUAUGGUUUUGCAAUUAUACUGCUCACAGUUCUCGUAAAAGCUGCUACUUUUCCAUUAACCAAAAAACAGGUAGAAUCUGCCUUGGCUAUGCGAACUUUGCAACCUCAAGUAAAGGCUAUCCAGCAGCGAUAUGCUGGAGAUCAGGAAAGGAUACAACUUGAAACUGCUCGGUUGUAUAAACUAGCCAACAUUAAUCCUCUGGCAGGAUGCCUACCUACACUCGCAACAAUUCCAGUGUGGAUUGGCUUAUAUCGAGCCCUUUCAAAUGUGGCAGAUGAGGGACUCCUUACAGAAGGCUUCUUCUGGAUACCUUCUCUUGCUGGUCCAACUACAAUUGCAUCUCGUCAAAAUGGCAGUGGUAUCUCUUGGCUUUUCCCUUUUGUGGAUGGUCACCCUCCCCUUGGAUGGUCAGAUACAUUGGCUUACCUUGUCUUGCCUGUGUUGCUGGUCGUCUCUCAGUACAUCUCUGUCCAAAUAAUGCAGUCAUCACAGGCUAAUGAUCCGAACAUGAAAAGUUCUCAAGCCUUGACCAAGUUUCUUCCAUUAAUGAUUGGUUACUUUGCUCUCUCAGUUCCUUCUGGUCUUAGCCUUUACUGGUUAACAAAUAAUAUAUUGAGCACCGGACAACAAGUAUGGCUUCAAAAGUUAGGAGGUGCUAAAAAUCCUGUGAGGCAAGUCCCAGAUGAUAUCAUAAAGGAUGAACUAACACAGGCUCAGAAGUCAAUAUUCCCAGAUGAUAUCAUGAAGGAUGAACUAACACAGGUUCAGAAGUCAAUAUCUAAACUAAAUUCCACACAAGUGGAAGAAGCCAAACAAAGUGAGAAAAAGUCAGAGGGACCACAACCUGGUGAACGAUUUAGGCAAAUAAAGGAGCAAGAGGCAAGGAGAAAACAACAAAGAGAAGAAGAGAAAAGGAAAGCAGCAGAAGCAGCGGCUAGAGAAACUAAAGUACAUGAGACACUUGAGAAAACAGUUGAAGAGGGAAAUCAAAACGAAGGUGAUUUGGAUGAAAAACCUCUGUCUGUGAAUUUAGAUAAUGAUCCCUCCAUAUCUGGAGUAGUAAAUGGGAAUCCGUUGAGGAACGACUUGGAGGGAAAUCAGAAUUCUACAUCUACAUCUGAAACAGAAAAUAAUGAAGGUUCUGCUCAAGUCAACAGUGUUGAGAUAAACGAGAAAAGUUUAGACAAGGAACCUAGAGAAGUUCUAACAACUGCAGCCACCACAAACAAACAACCUACUGCAGAAGAUGCAGAUCACAUGGCACAGGAUUAAUCAACUAAAAGAGGUUCAUCUGCUUGGAGAAUAGAGAUCGACUGGCCCAGUUGCCAUCUAAAUAGUGUACGUUGCCAUAUUGGAAACGCAACCUCCCUUACCAUUUGGAGUCUUCCUGGUUAAUACUGUAUAUUGCCACAGAAAUGGUGGAACGAAUGAGAUUCAAGGUUUCUAUAUCGGUUGUGAGGGAAUGGUUGGAUUUGAUAGCUGAUUUUACAGCUUAAUAGUUUUAGUUUGUACUAUACUCUUUUCAUCAACUUUCAUUGACAAGGAUGGGUGAAUCCCCAUUAGAACAGAUGUUUCACAACACCCUUUAUAGUCAGCAUAUCACGUUGAUACUAUUUUUGUUUGUCGCUGUAAUUGUUUGUUCAAUAAAUGCUGGUCUGGGUCUGUAUACUGUCAUUUCUGUGGAGAUACUGCGAUAGGAGAAUAUCCAUAAUGCGUAUUUUCUCCUCAACAUUAUCGGCAUGUAACAGGUACUAAAUAGUGGACUUUAUAUUUGUCCCGAUAUUUUUAGCUAUUGACUUGUACUAAUUUUGACGGUUUAAAAUUAUCACGUUUAAUGCUUGUUUAUCCAAGA